AUGGCAUCGAUCUCCAGCAGGCCCAAGAGGAAGAGAGCCCAUUCGAAGCGUGAGAUAUUGGGACCCAUCGGACGCCGCAGCAACAGCACGCGGCACAGCGCGGCGAAGCCCCCGAGGCCGGCCGCAGCGCAACGGCUGCCGAACGACGUGCUGUGGUACCUGGCGCGCACGUUCCUCUGGCGGCCGGGCGACGUCUACGAGCUGGCGCGCGCGAGCCGCGGGCUCUGGGUCGUGCUGGAGAAGGAGAUCUACAUCACGGACGUCGCCGCCGUGCGGUCCCGGCACGCGCGGGCGCUGGACCCCGUGCGCACGACGCUGCUGCACUGGGCCGCCGUCGCCGGGCGCGCCGCCACCCUCGACAAGGCCCUCGCGGCCGCCCGCCUCGUCUGGCCCCCCUACGUCGACUACCAGCACGCCCGGUGCGGCCACGCCGCCAGCCACUUCGCCGCCCACUACGGCCGCCUGGGCGCCGUCCAGCGCCUCGCCGGCCUCGGCACCGCCGUGUGCGACGUCGCGGCCCCGUCCGGCUGGGUGUGCCCGGCCCCGCAGCGGCUGGCGUCGAUCCUCGAGCGUCUGCUCCCCGGGCGCUUCCGCGUGCCGCCGGACUGCCUGGUCCACUCGCGCGAGUUCCCCUUCCGGAUCGAUGCGUUGGGGCUGGCGAUCCUCAAGGGCCAUGAGGCAGUGGCGUGGUAUCUCAUGCGCCACUACGAGGAGAGACGGGCAGUAGAGGAGAAAAUAAUCUCGCCGCUCCACUUGGCGGCGUUCGUUGGCAUGCCGAAGAUUGUAGAGGCGAUUCUGGCCAAGGGUACGGAUGUGAAUUUUCGGUGCCGGCAUGUGGAAGACAGCACGCCGCUUCAAUGGGCGGUGGCGGGUGCUUCGGGGCUAGGAAGAAAGGAAACGGUAUUGCUACUCAUGCAGCAUGGUGCCGACCGCAAUAUAGUUGACCGCCGAGGCCACACGGCUCUUGACUGGGCCAUCGGCUUCAAGGUGCCAGAGAAUGUCUACCUGCUCCUGACCGAAUCUGCCGAGAUCCCGCCACGGCACUCUUGGUCUCCAAGCCUUGUCGAGACAUGGACAAAGAGACUACAAAAGUGUAUGGCAGACGACUGCUUCCUAGACUGCACCAAGUUCAUCAUACAGCGCUGUCAGGGAUUGCCAGAGACGUGCCUGAAGCUGUGCGCGCACUCGACAUUCUGGGACAUAGACCGGAGCUGGGACGAGCCAGGGUCCGUGUCAACGGCAACCAAGAACAUGGAGACGAAGCGGUGGCUCGUCGAGGAAGGGAUCGGCCUCGGGGUGCUGAGCAGGGGGGCGCGCGAGAGCUGGAUGCAGGAGGAGCUCUUCACCGGCCGCGCGUUCCUCCACUACGCGGCCGGGUCGAGCGACAUGGGCCCGGAGCUGCUGCGGCAGAUCAUGGAACAGCGGCCGCAGGACGUCAACGUGCUCGACGCCAAGGGCCUCACGCCGCUGGAGCUGGCCCUGGGCUACCGGUGCCAGCCGCUCAAGGCGCAGGCGCUCGUAGAGCACGGGGCGAACCAGAAGCUCUGUUUUGGCGGCGACAGGGCGCGGGCGGAUAUAGAUCAGCAGAUCAGGGGGUUCGUCGAUGAAGAGGAUUGA